CCUAUCUUGCCUAUGACCGUGUCAGAAUGUCCUCGCGUAUAGCACCAAAGGUGCUUUCUGUCCCCCGCCUCACAACGCUUGCGAGCUCUAUUGUGGUAGCGCUGAGCUCUGGUACGAAUUAUGUGUACUCCGCGUAUGCCCCACAGCUUGGAACGCAACUACGGAUAUCACAUACUAAACUAAAUAUUAUUGGUCUUGCGGGAAACAUUGGUGUAUAUAGUACAGGUCCCUUCUGGGGACGUAUUGUUGACCGCCGAGGACCUAGAAUUCUGCUUGCCAGUGCAUUUGCGCUGUUGCUUGUUGGGUACUCCGGAAUACGCUAUUUCUACAAUAAUCCAGACCACGCGGGAGCUAAUGCGGAUGCUGAGAGAAUCUCGCAUUUUGCAUUUGCUGUCAUGACUCUCUGCUCAUUCUUCACCGGGGCAGGUGGAAACGGUGGAUUUACCAGCGCUGUUAAUGCAAGCGCAAAGUCAUUUCCCGAUGAAAUGAGGGCAUCUGCGACGGGGCUGGUCAUAUCCGGUUUCGGUCUCUCGGCAUUCUUUUUCUCUGCUCUCGCGAGGAUUCUAUACCCAGAUGACACGUCGUCAUUCCUAUUGGUUCUCGCUCUUGGCACCUCUUGCCCAAUGAUUCUGGGCUUUUUCUUCGUGCGGCCGAUACCUCUACCCUCUGAUAGUGACGACUCCCCUGAUCCAACCCCAACUCCGGCCCCCGGACGUUUGAGUAUCACCGAGGUCCCCCACGAUGGGUUUGCACAGUCUGUUGGUGUUGACAGCGUAUUUGCAGGAGACGCUCUUGUUUACGAGCAUCACGACGAUAGCCAAACGACGUUACUUGCAACACAUCGCCAUGCUCACCAUCAUCAACACCGCUCGAAUCAAGACGACGAAUACGCGCACCAGAACCUCGGUUCACCUGCCCCGCGUCGCCACUCUGUUGAGUUCGCCGUAUCUUCACCGCCCAGUGGACAACGUCAUCGCAGUAUGUCUGCCGUGUCACACAAGAGCCGAAACCGUGUUAUCGAGGUACUGCAGGAAGUUCACGGGAAAGGACUAUUGCUCAGUGGCGAUUUUUGGCUUCUCUUCUGCAUCAUGUCUUUGCUGGCCGGUACGGGGCUAAUGUACAUCAAUAAUGUUGGCUCUAUUUCCCAGGCACUGUUUGCACAAGGUGAUCCAGACUUUGAUCCCGUUGAGUCUGCCAAGUGGCAGAGUACGCAAGUCUCGAUCAUCAGUCUUGCAAAUUUCAUCGGUAGGAUUCUGAGCGGCGUUGGUGCAGACCUCGUAAAGAAUGGCUUAGGUGCACCACGUACAUAUUGCAUCUGCGUCGUCGCCAUGCUCUUCGUCAUCUCUCAGGUAAUUGCAACACAUGUCGAGAACGUGCGAAGCCUUUGGCAAGCAUCUGCGCUGCUGGGAAUCGCGUACGGAGGGAUGUUCGGCCUGUUCCCGACCAUCGUCAUUGAAUGGUUUGGCCUUACGCAUUUUUCGGAGAACUGGGGCUUUGUGUCUUUGUCGCCGUUGGUUGGUGGCAACCUCUUCAGCCUGGCGUUUGGCCGUAACCUCGAUGCGCACAAUCCACCAACUGAACCUGGUGAUAGCUCGCCGUCGACGUUUGCGGCUCGCGCAGGUCUUCCGGCAGGCGAACAGUGUUUCGCGGGUCGCGAUUGCUACGUCGCGAGCUUGUACCUGACGAUAACUGCUUGUACAGUCGCAACAGGCCUAAGCUUCUAUGCAGCAUGGAAGGAUCGUCGCCGCAUGACCGUGAAACCAGCUGAUUAUGAGGAAAUCCUGUGGGAAGACGACGAAGAGGAGGUUUAGAGGUCCGAGGACCCUUCGCACAUCUUCGUGUACAUUACGCGGCUUGUUAACGAUAGAUUACAUUAUGAUUACUAUUAAUUUAUUCCAGAGAGGUGAUUUGUGUCAUUCGGACGUUCAUCUAGACGGCCACGUAAUAUGUUCUCCGCAUUGGGAAUCAUCUCUUCUCCAGCUUGAUUGACGGCAUUUGCUGCGAGCUCCUUCGGAGUGUACGCGCCCUCCACGACGUAUUCCGUCUCGAGCGCCCGGGAAAGUAGCACGUCGAUAAGCCAGAAUCGUUGUGUGCGCAUUCUUUCUUUUUUCUCUUCUCGGAACGUUGUGGGUGGUGCUUCUACUGAUUCGUUUGGAUCUGUUUCAUCGCUUGCAUUGGUCUGUACAUCUUCCUCAGGGUCCGCUUUUCCCUCGAGGCUGCCAUCUGCUUUCAAUCUGCGAUCUAUAACCUGUUCUCCUUCGACUGCUACGUCCGCCUUUCCCUCCUCAUUUCUGUCCAUUACGGCAUCGACAGCGAUGUCUGGCGUCGAUUGUGAGGAUUUCGCUGCGUUUGAUGAGUCACUCUUCUGGUCCUCCUCCCUUGUUUCGUAUCUCGUCAAAACCUCCUUUAGCGACUUCAAAAGUUCCAGAUGAGCAAUAGCUAACGCACGCCUCGCAACACUAGUAACCCGACGCGUCAACUCCCAAUCACUGACAUUCUUGAUUCUUCUCCUAGGAAUUCCACGCAAGUCCAGGAAGACCUCCGCCCAAGAUUUCGACGCACUUCGAGAAUGCAGGUCUCGUUGACACCGUAUGACAAGGUUUUUGACGACGCUAUUGAUAGCGCGCUCCUCUAAAGGGAUGUGUGCCCUUCUAUAUAUUUUGAGUGCGAUAAUGGCUGCAGCAUAGUCACGGAGGGUCACGAAUUGACUCAAGGCGGCGCCAAGGCUGACCUUCGUGAGCACGGGUGUCCGUUCAGUGAUAAGGCCCCUGACAAUGAAUGCGUGCAACUCGCACAUCUCGCGGAAGAGUACACGAGAUGAUACAUAAAACUCCGUUCGCAUGGUUUGAGCGUCUUCGUUCGCAAGGCGGGCGGCAGCAGCAAAGAGCUGUGAAUAGGUCGUCUCGUCAGGAUAUACUCCAUGCGAGAUAUGCGAGCGGAGCGUAUCGUACAAUGCGAGUGCGCGACUGACAUGGUUAUGUCGCAACUCGGCACUGAUAAGUACGUUGAUGAAUACGGUAUCGGGCCAUGCAAAAUCGCGAGCCAUUCUGUCCAGGAUGGGACCAUACAGAAUUCGAGGGUCCGUAUCUGAUUCUGCGGCGAGUGCACCUUGUGCAAACGUAGUGUAAGGAUAACAGUAUUCCGGGUCCUCUUCGGCAUUCACAGGGGCUGCAUGUUUCGAAUAAUAUUCCAACCAAUAUUCAGCGUCGACUCUUCGAUCCGCCGAAAAGUAGAAUUUGAUCAAAAACGCAACGGAGAUCGAGUCCAGGCGGAAUCCCUUUGGACGCUUUGAGAUGUAGAGGUUCACAACUACCUUGAUAUCCUCUGCUGCAUCAUCCGAAAGCAUGAGCAUAUACAAGAGCUCAUGUACAUGCUCUUUUGCGGCUGUUUCGUCAAAUAUUGUCCUCCCUAAGAGUUCGCCAAUGUUGUUCAGGUACGUCCCACGCAUCAUGAGGUGGUUAAUGUAUUGUGCGGUAAGGACCCUAGCACGCAGAGGAGCUGAGAUCCGCAGGGCGCCACUUUCCAUCAUAUGCACAACAUGGAAAGCCUCACUGAACAACUGUUUCCGGAGAAGCAAGUCAAGGACUGCUUCACUUGUCUCUUGACGCUCCGACUGAGUCACGUCAUUAUUUGAGACCCU